AUGGCGGAGGUGUGCGGACGCGAGGCACAAAUGAGGCAGCUGUCUGGCCUCCUGGGGAAGAUUGGCUCCUCCCCACACUCCAGCGGCCAGCUCUCUCCCAUCACCUGUGACAGCCUUGGAGAGUUUGUUCGUCAGUUGGACGCUGCCAGCACCAGCUUCGGUCAGCCAAGGAUGGCCAUUCUGAUGGAACACAGUGAGCGUCUGAGGGACUGUGCCGCCAACAUCCUGCCAGGUUUGUGUCGGCUACAGGAGUUCACUUCAGGGACCAACAUCACUGUGAUCUUCAUGUCCAGUCUCCCUGUCGACAAGUUCCGCAUCUCAACUGGGUUCAUGGAGCCAUUAGUGAUCCAUUUUCCUCAGUAUACCAAAGAUGAACUUCGGGAAAUCUUGCAGAAGCUCCGACCAUCAACUGCCUCCGAGGAAUUCUUUGGGAACUACAUCAGUCUUGUGUUGAGCGUGUUUUACCAUGCAACGAGAGACUUACCAGAGCUGAUGCACCAGGUUCAGCUGCACUUUGACGAAUACUGUGAGCCGGUGCGCCGAGGGGAGGUGGAAGAGGAUGACGUCCGCCGACUGUGGAGGAACAUUGAGCCGCACCUGAAGAAGGCCAUGAGCACAGUGUACUUGCGUGAAGUGUCCAGUGAACAUAGGGAACCCACGCUUGCGUCCUCAACUUGCACCAACAGGAUGCUCGUACACCAAGUCACCACUCGUAAACCAAGGGAUUUUUAG